AUGGACAAGAUGUUUGAGAAAUGGGGCGGUGGGGAGGUGUUGAAGAAGGCGGUGAGCGGGAUGCUGCCGAAGAAUCGGUUGAGGGACAAGCGGUUGGCGAGGUUGAAGGUCUUCGAGGGGGUGGAACAUCCGUAUGAGGAGAAUGUGGUGAGGAUUGAGGGAGUUGUGCAGCGGAAUGGGAUACCGCCGCCGACGAUGGAGGGGAAGGUGAUGGAGGCGAUUAUUGCGGAUGCAGAGAUCAAAGGGCAGACGACGACGGGGAGUGCUACAACUGGAACCGGGAACUCGAACGCACGGUGA